AUGAGGAGUGUGCAGGUGCCGUCUCUCUUCUUGCUAACCGUUUCUGUCUAUGUCAAAGCAGCAGCGAACAGGAAGAUUACACUGGCCUGGCAACCUAUUAUUUCUGAUGCUACAUCAGAACAUCUAUCACAAUACUCCAGCGCUGUUCCUGGACAGCAGAUCUCAUAUGCUGCAAUACUCAGAAGAAAAUCAGGGAGCUCAUCGUUGGCACUUUUUAACAAUAAGAACAGACCGAGAUACAGCGCCUCUUCACUAGAAGCUAUGGGACAAUACUCACAAUCUGAAAUAGAGAGAACAAGACAAUACAGCUUUCCAACGAACCUCUACCAGCUCUCCGAUGGCUACAGGCAUGAUGAUGAGAAUGUGGAUUAUGGGCCGGUGUUUAUCCAAGAGCCAGAAAAUGUUAUUUUCGCCACGGAUUCUGGAGAGAAGAAAGUGGCCCUUAAUUGUGAGGCAAGAGGAGCACCUGCUCCAAGUUAUAGAUGGCUUCGCAAUGGAACAGAAAUAGACUUGGAAAGUGAUUAUCGCUACACUUUAAUAGAUGGGAAUUUAAUUAUCAGCAGUCCAAACGAGCUGAAGGAUUCUGGUCAAUACCAGUGCAUAGCAGCAAACAGCCUGGGCCGAAUCCUUAGUAGAGAGGCAACUCUUCAAUUUGCAUAUCUUGGGAAUUUCAGCGGCCGUGUAAGAAGUGCCGUCUCUGUAAGGGAAGGACAAGGAGUGGUCCUUAUGUGUUCUCCCCCGCAUCACUCGCCAGAAAUUACCUACAGUUGGGUGUUGAAUGAAUAUCCCUCUUUUGUGGCUGAAGACAGUCGGCGCUUCAUCUCUCAGGAGACAGGAAAUCUCUACAUCUCCAAAGCUCAGGCAUCGGAUUUGGGCAGCUAUAUAUGUCAUGUAAAAAAUGUCCUCACCAACACGAGAGUCAUGAGCCCCCCAACACCACUAACCUUGCGCAAUGAUGGUGUGAUGGGUGAAUAUGAACCGAAAAUUGAGGUCCACUUUCCUUACACUUUUACUGCAGCUAAGGGAACGACUGUUAGAAUGGAGUGUUUCGCACUUGGCAACCCUGUUCCUACUAUCUCAUGGAGGAAGGUCAGCGGGUUUAUUCCUAGCAAAGCGAGGCUACGAAAAUCACAAGCCGUUCUGGAGAUUCCUAACGUUCAGCUGGAAGAUGCGGGAACAUAUGAGUGUAAAGCUGAGAACUCCAGGGGAAAAAAUGCCUUUCGAGGUCAAUUACAAGUAUACACUCAGCCACAAUGGAUUGAGAAGAUUAAUGACACACAGCUAGACAGUGGAGAUCAAAUCCGCUGGGAGUGUAAGGCAUCUGGCAAACCUCGGCCCAUAUAUCGCUGGCUGAAGAAUGGUCUCCCCUUGGUCCCCCAGAACAGAGUUGAGAUGGUGAAUGGGAUGUUGACAAUUCAUAAUGUGAAUCAAUCCGACGCAGGGAUGUACCAAUGUCUGGCUGAAAAUAUCUAUGGAAUCGUCUAUGGAAGUGCUGAGCUGAAAGUUCUAGCAUCCGCUCCCUCGUUCGAGCUCAACCAGCGGCAAAAAACAAUAAUCAUCACCAAGGGCAAGGAAGUCGUUAUGGAAUGUAAACCGCAAGCAUCUCCAAAACCAACCAUCUCCUGGAUGAAAGGUGACAGAGCUGUAAGGCAGAACAAGAGGAUAGCUGUUCUUCCAGAUGGAAGUUUACGGAUCUUAAACGCUUCUAAAUCAGAUGAAGGAAAAUACACAUGCCAUGGGGAAAAUAUGUUUGGUUCUGCAGAAAUUACAACAGUUGUGUCUGUUACAGAACCUACGAAGAUAGAACUAACACCAAAGAGAACAGAACUGACUGUUGGGGAGAGUGUUGUUCUUAGCUGUAAAGCCAUCCAUGAUCCCCUCCUUGAUAUCAACUUCUUCUGGACUCUAAACGAACAGCCUGUUGAUUUUGAAAAAGAAGAUGGACAUUUUGAAAGCAUCAGAGCUCAAGCGUCAUCGGCCGAUUUAAUGAUUAGAAACAUCCUCCUGGUGCAUGCUGGGAGAUACGGCUGCAGGGUGCAGACCACGGCUGACAGUGUAUCGGAUGAGGCAGAACUGCUUGUUCGGGGUCCGCCUGGUUCACCUGGGGUGGUGAUUGUGGAAGAAAUUACGGAAAGUACGGCCACCUUGUCCUGGAGCCCGGGUGCUGACAACCACAGUCCCAUCCUCUAUUACAACCUGCAGGCCCGCAGCCCUUUCUCGUUAGGCUGGCAGACCGUGAAAACUGUGCCUGAUGUUAUAAGUGGAGACAUGGAAUCAGCCAUGGCAGUUGAUCUGAAUCCCUGGGUGGAAUAUGAAUUUCGAGUGGUAGCUACUAAUAGCAUUGGAACUGGAGAUCCCAGCAUACCAUCCCGAGUCAUCAGGACUAGUGAAGCAGUGCCGAAAACUCCUCCAGCAAAUGUCAGCGGGGGCAGUGGAAGACGCCAUGAAUUGGUGAUAACUUGGGAGCCUGUCUCAGAAGAGUUUCAGAAUGGUGAAGGAUUUGGAUACAUUGUCGCCUUCAGACCUAAUGACACCAGAGGAUGGAAGGAGAAAAUGGUGACCUCUUCUGAUGCCUCUAAAUUUAUCUAUAGAGAUGAGAGCACCCCACCACUCACCCCUUUUGAGGUUAAAGUUGGGGUAUACAAUAAUAAAGGUGAUGGACCCUUCAGUGACAUUGUAUUCAUCUGCUCUGCUGAAGGAGAGCCCAGCACGGCCCCCACCGAUGUCAAAGCCACAGGUCUGUCCGCCUCAGAAAUCAUCGUCGCAUGGAAAUCUUCCAAAGAUAAUGUGGGAAGACCUUUGGGAUUUGAGGUUAGUUACUGGAAAGAUAUGGAGCAGGAAGAGGCUGCAGAAAGAGUAAAAACGGCUGGAAAUGAGUCGUCCAUCAUUCUGACAGAGUUAGAAGGAAAUACAUUAUAUCACAUAACUGUGAGAGCGUUUAACAAAGCUGGAUACGGACCUUCGAGUACAGCCGUGCAUGGAAGCACCAAAAAAUCGCCUCCCAGUCAAGCCCCGAGCACUGUCAAAUGGAUAAGGAACGGUUCCCACAUUUCCUUGGGCUGGGAUGCCGUCAGAUCAUUUGCAAAUGAGUCAGAUGUCAUGGGAUACAAGGUCAUGCUGAGACAAGAAGGUCACAGCAACAGCCAAGUCAUCCAAACACAGACAACCUCAGCAGUGGUUUUACUUCCCGAUUCUGGUUUUUAUAUCAUAGAAGUGCGAGCCGUUAGUGAAGGUGGAGACGGGACAGCCAGUUCCCAAAUCAGAGUGCCAUCAUAUUCAGAAAAAGUAACAAGUUCACAGUCAACGCUUCAUAAUAUGUCAGCCUCGUCAUCUUCUUUAACAUUACUAUUGGCACUGGUUAUUCCCACAACAUCAUGGUGAAGAUGGAUUUUUUAUUUAUUUAUUUAUUUAUUUUUGCUUUGGAUUUUUCUUUUUUGUUGCUUUUUUUUAAUUUGUAUUAAAGACAUGAUAAAAGUUACUGAUUGAAUGAAGACA